CUCGUUCCCCACAAUUCCACUCUGAAGAAUUUUAUUAAACUUUUGUGAUAAAAAGUCAAGCGGAAAAGCAAUGUACAUGCAAAAUGUAGCUGUACUGAUUUUCAAUAUGCAACGUAAUUACAUCUCCAGCAUACAAUGGCGCAAAUACGUAUAUGGGCAAUCCAUCUCGCGAGGGUUUGGCCUCCAUAUUGAAAAUACGCAGCAUAUUUCAGCGAAGUGUAUUUCCAAACCUGCGGAUCCCAUAGUUAAAUAAUAUGAUGUUUCCUUGGCGUUUUUGCUGAAAAACGUGAAUGCUGGUGUCGCGUCGCUAGGGUUGCCACCUGGCCGGUAAAAAUGAUGCUUGAUGUCAAUGUUAUUAAUAAGAAAAAACUGCAAGAAUAAAGGAAGGCCGUUUUUUUUUUCCGAGAAAAAGUGGCAACCCUACGCAUGGCGAAUGUUGGCUCACAAGCACCCUGUGGGAUUUACUAUUGUGCGUAUUCCAUUAUUUUCAGUAGGGCUUCAUUUUGUGCAUAUUUAUGCUCGGCUGCAUUUUUUUAAAACCACAGCGUAAAAACUUUACGUGUGACCCCAACUUAGAAGUAAAAAAUGUCCUACAAGUCUCUCUUGAGCUCACUUCUAGCAUUUGUUCAUUCCUUUACAUGACAGAUGAAUUAGUGGUGUACUAGUCAGUAAUAUUAUUAUAAAUGAAUAUGGCAUCUGUUUUCCUGUGUGAAUGAAGUGACUAAGAAGAAUGUGUGUGCCUGGCAGGCUUCCUUGAGGGCAGUGCAGCUGCUUCUGUGUAGCAUUGUCUUCUGCUAAUUGUUGCUGCCAUGUUGCUAGCAGUCGCUGGAUGGUCCUGGCUGUAUUUUGUAGGUCUCCUCAUGUGAGCUGUGUGUUCCUCCAUGCUGCUUCUGUUGCCAGGAGCCUGCCGCCUUUGAUUGGCAGAGAGUUGUGCCGAUGGUUCUGGCUUUCUUUCUGUAAUCCCUCCCCCACAUCCUCCAGCCCACAGACAGUCAAGGCUAUUAUGAAGGGAAAUAUGUUGCUCCAGCACAGCCUCCUUCUAAUUCAACGUGCUCAGCCUUCAGCAGGGAAAACAACACUCUGAAAAGGAUUUGUUACCUUCCAGCCCAGCCCCCUCCGCUGUUCCCUUCCCAGAAACUUGUGUGAUACUUGGGACCGUGGUGUCACCGCUGUGGGCUCCUCUAUGGAUUUUGCUGAGAUGCACAACGAGCUUUGAAAACCUUUGAAAUGAGCUGUGAUCGCAUUUCCUGGUUUUCACGUUUCAUUUAAGCCCUGUUUGUGGAGCACCGAGGAAACUGAAUGAACAGCUGGACAUCUGGAAAUAAGGCGCUUGUGGAGUAUGGGUACAACUGCCAGUGCAGCUCAGCAGGCACCCUCAACAGUGCCCUCUAGUGAAAAUGUUCAGGGUAAUGGCAGCGGGAGCUCAAUCGUUGAAGAUCGAAAUUCCCUGAGCACACAGUCGUUUCAGAAUGUCAGCAUCCACAGCAAGGCAAAGUCUAUUAUCACCAAUAAGGUGGCACCUGUAGUAAUCACGUAUAAUUGCAAAGAAGAGUUUCAGAUUCAUGAUGAUCUGCUCAAAGCUAAUUAUUCAGUUGGAAGAAUUUCCGAGACAAUGCCAGAACACUACCUUGUCCAGGGUAAAUACUUUAUGGUACAUGAUGUAUACAGCAAGUUGGAUGUGUUAAACACUACUAGUAGUUGUGGGGCGCCAAACUUUCGCCAAGCCAGAGGAGGAUAUGAAGUUUAUGGAAUGGGCCAGCCCAGCUUAAAUGGCUUCAAACAAGUGCUGCAAAAGCUUCAAAGCAAUGGUCAUAAGGAAUGUGUCUUCUUCUGUGUGCGAGAAGAACCUGUAUUGUUCUUGCGGUUGGAGGAUGACUUUGUGCCUUACACUCCCAGAAGGAAGGAAAAUUUGCAUGAAAACUUGCAUGAUUUGGAGAAAGGCCUGCGUGCAGAAAAUCUUGAACUUGCCAUCCGGAAAGAGUUACAUGACUUUGCCCAGCUCAGUGGAAACAGCUACUAUGUAUACAAUGAUAUUGAACAUUUUAAAGAUGAUCCACAUUCCAUUAAAAUCCAGUGUGAAGAAGAUAUCCAUGUCACAGAGGAGGUGUACAACAGGCCUGUAUUCUUACUGCCAGCAUACAGGUACCAUCGCCUUCCACUUCCUAUGGAUGGUGCUCCAUUAGAAACUCCGUUUGAUGCAUUUGUAAAUUUUCUCAGGGAAAAUCCAAGUUUUUUGCUACUCCAUGAUGCCAACCACCCACCACCUGCUCUGUUGUUUAGCUGCCAGACGGGAGUGGGCAGGACUAACUUAGCCAUGAUUCUGGGAACGCUGGUCCUGUAUCACCGCAAAGGAUCCUGUGAGAAGCAGACCACCUCCCAGGAUACAAAUGUUUUGCCAAAGCAACGAUUUCAGGUUAUCCAGAAUUUUAUUAACAUGGUACCAAAUGGAGAAGCAAUAGUUGAUGAGGUUGAUAAAGCUAUUGAGUUAUGCUCAGAAAUGCAUGAUAUUAAAGCAGCUAUAUAUGAGUGUAAGAAGAAGCUGGAAGGCAUUGGAGAAGGCUACCAAAUUCAGGGAAGCUCAACCAAAGAAUAUUUUCUCAAAGGAAUCCUCCAUAGUUUGGAGCGAUAUUUUUAUUUAAUAGCUUUCAACUAUUACCUUCAUGAGCAGUACCCCUUGGCUUUUGCAAUGAGUUUCAGCAAGUGGAUGUGUACACAACCGUGGAUUUACAGAUUGCAAGCAAACCUCAAUCUGUCUGAGCUCACUUUAUCAGGAGAAUUCAUAACAAAGGGAACCCGUGUUUUAGUACUGGAUGAUCGAUUCUCUCCUGAUGUGCUGAGCACCCUAAAAGAGAUGAAUGUAGCCAAUUUUAGAAGAGUGCCCAAAAUGCCAAUUUAUGGUACUGCACAACCAAACUCAAAGGCUACAGGUAGUGUACUCAGUUAUCUGACAGAUGCAAAGCGGAAGUACUCCAACAUUCUGUGGGUGAACCUUCGAGAAGAAAUUGUACUGGAAGGAAAUGAACAAAUAUUCACCCCACGUGAACCAGAUAAUUUCGAGCAACAAAUUGCAGUGCCUGCAGCUUCACCAGAGCAACUGGAGAAAUUGGAGGCCAUGGUAGCAAAUCAUGUCCUGACUUCCCAGAAGUGGCUUGAAGUCUACCUAGAACAAGAGAAGCAAAUGAAAAUGUUCAAAACCUGCCGGACUAUGCAGGAGAUUUUCAACCAACACAGAAGCACCUAUCCAGGUUUGGUGUACAGAAGGAUUCCCAUUCCAGAUUUCUGUGCUCCCAGGGAACAGGAUUUUGACAUGCUUCUGCAGUCCAUGAAAAGCACGCUGGCAGAGGACUCCAGUGCAGCCUUUGUAUUUAACUGUCAUGGCGGCAAAGGAAGGACGACUACUGCUAUGGUUAUCGCUGUACUCACCCUCUGGCAUUUUAAUAGCAUUCCUGAAAUGACUGAGGAUGAAAUUGUAAGUGUGCCAGAUGCCAAAUACACCAAGGGAGAGUUUGAGGUUGUGAUGAAGAUUGUCCAGCUUUUGCCAGACGGGCACAAAAUGAAGAAGGAAGUAGACAUGGCUCUUGACAGUGUUAGUGAAACCAUGACUCCUAUGCAUUAUCACUUGCGAGAAAUCAUUAUUUGCACCUACAGACAGAUUAAAACAGCUAAGAAUGCAAAGGAAAUUAGACUUCUCCAGCUCCGAAGCCUUCAGUACUUGGAGCGAUACAUCUACCUGAUCCUUUUCAAUGCCUAUCUACACUUGGAGAAGAAGGACACUUGGCAAAGGCCAUUUAGCACCUGGAUGUAUGAGGUGGCAUCCAAAGCUGGGGUUUAUGAAGUGCUGAAUCAGCUGGGAUUUAAUGAAUUUGAGAAUGCAGAAGACCAGCCCCUAUGCCGGCUGCGUUAUCGCUGGCAACAGCAAAACACCAACCUGCUUCCAUUUCGUGGAGAAUUCAUUUAGCAAAAGUGCCAACUUCACUGAAAUAUUGCAGCAGUCGACUGCCUAACAGGACUUGGUUCAUGGAAUCCAAGAAUGGACACAACAACAAAAACUGCCAGCCAAGAUACUUUAAAGGAAUUCAUUGAUAACAAUUAAAUAAAUAAAUAAAUCUUUUUAGAAAAGUAUUUGAUUGGAACAGAUGAUGGAAUGUCCUAUUCAGAAGGAGAAUAUGGAGUAUUUCACCAGUUUAAGUCAGCGCAUUCCACCAAAGUAUGCUUCUUGUUUUUUUUUUAUGUGUUAAUAAUACUGUCCAUUGCUUUUUAACAGAUGUGGUGGGAAAGGCAUCUCUCUACAUUUCUCAUAAUGCGAGUUGUAUCUGCAACACAUUUCUCAUAGUUCAUUUACAAAGAAUGAUAACUGACUCAUGAAACUGCUCAGACCGGGCAUUUAUUUGACAGCCAGUUAAACAUCUGGACUUUAUAACAGUGAAAGUCCAGUAGACGAGGACAAGCCACAUUAGGUAAACUAAUAAGUGUAUUGAUUUUUGUUUCUUAUCGGGCUGUUUGGUACUUAAGUUAUUGCUGGCUCUUUAGAGGUUAGUGUUAAUGUCAACUAAGAGCAGGUUGGUUGAAGCUUGUUCUUCUUCAAGAUUGGUUACACAUGGACACGCAAAGGAAAAAACAAAGAUUGCAUUGAGGUGAUCAUACCUUAUAGACACGUGACUCUUCUCUGAUAUAUCCCCAUGUGCUCAGGGUAGGCAAGAUUAAAAGCGUGCACUGCUUGUGUUGUAGUAUUUGGAAGGUUGCAAGCAAGUUAGUGAUCUUGAUACAAUUUAAGUCUGUUGCACUGCAUAUUGGCUUCUCUUAUCCACUGACACACUAUGAGGCAGAUUUAUCAAGGGUCGAACAGUCAAUUCAAAUUUUCCAGUUUAAAAAAUCACACAUUUGAACUUUAAUCCCCGUAUUCGAAUGCAAAUUCAAAUGUGAGAUUUAUCACACCUCGACCAUGGAAAACGGUCCUAAUUCGCAUAUUCGCUACCUCAAACCUGCCGAGUUCAUGUCUGCUGAGCCAUUUGGGGAUAUUAAUAGCCUUCCUGACAUUUUUCAGGAGAAAAAUACGAUUCGUAUGAAUCAGAUAUGAUUCGAAUUUUUCGGUUGGAACCAUUUCAUCGAACAUUAGACAUUCAAAUUUUUUCUUAAAUAACCUCCCAGUCGAAUUGUGAGUAUAUUCUAAUUUUAAAAAAAUCUCAUGAAUUCGAAAUUCGACCUUUGAUAAAUGGGCCUCUAUGUAUUUGUGAUUUCUGCAUAUGUGAUCCUGUUUAGUCUGUGAGUCCAGAGUUACUGUAAUCUGCAUCUUCAGUCCAACAGGCUAAAUGGGAUCAAUUAAGCACACUGCAAAGCAAGUCUUUGGAUGGGAGAACUCUCUAUAAUAGCCAACUGGUUGAGCAGACUCCCGUUGGUCCAAUUGAAAUUCAAUGAAAAUCUCCAAAGUGUAUGAGCCUAACGCGUGUUUUAUACCAUUCCCAUAUUGGGUUAAACUGUGUGUGUAAAGGGCUAGCUAUGAAUAUAGUUCUUUCAUGAAUUAUUCUUCGUUCUUUAUUGCUCUGCCCUCCGAAUAUCAUACCCGUUCCAUUAAUGUUUGUUCAGUUGACAUUUUAUAGUUCCUUUCCACUGAGGUUGUUUUGCAGUUCCCCGCUGCUCAUAUUUAAAGCACAAAUGCUGCUAGAAAAUCAUACUGAUAGUUUAUAGGGCCUUCUUUUUAUAUGCAAUCUGUAAAAAUAAAAUACAGUAUUUUAGUUGAAAAGAAUAUAUAUAUAUAUAUAUAUAUAUAUAUAUAUAUAUAUAUAUAUAUAUAUAUAUAUAUAUAUAAAGACGCAAGGAACCUGUUUGAUUGAAAGCAGAAGAUGUAAGUCUGUCUCAUGAGAUAUAUGAGCAACAUGAAUCUAGGAACCAGAUUAGGAGGUUUAAUAUAGUAUAUUUUUCAAGUUAGUUGAUAAUGUUUUACCUUUUCUGUCUGUUCUGUACAGGACUUUAUUGUAGAGUCCAAGCUUGUGUAAACCAUUCAUGUAAAUUGUUAGUAUGUUGUUUAUAUAAACUUGGAUUUUACCAUAUAAGUAUGAUUUCCUUAGGCCACUAAGGCCAUUCAAACAAACAAAAUGUUAGAAGCAUAGCAUUUAAUGGGGAAAAUAUUCUGUGGUCAUGAGUAGUUGUUUAGUAGAAAGAUGUGAGGGGAUAGUUAAUUGUUCCUACCCUGGGUAUUUGUAUUUAUACAUGUAUACAAUAAACAAUUGUACAAACAGUUUGGAAUCUGCCAUUCAUGUAUAUACAAAUAGGUAUAUACAUUAUACAGUGUUACCUGCAGACAAUAAAUAGAUAAUAUCUGUUGUACCAGGAUUCAAAACAAUUUAAAAAGGAAAGUUGAAAUCACUGAUGGUGCCAAAAGUUAGGUAUCAUGUAUAGAGAAAGGAGGCGCACACCCUCUAAAUGAAAUACAGGGUGCUAAUCCAUAGGGGGCUCCCCAUAAGGGUCUCCAAAAAUAACUAAAGAUAAUCAAAACAUAGCCCACCCAAUUAACGAAAAAUACAUUUAUUACAAAGAAAAAAAUAUAAUAAAAAAUCAUAAAAUAAUACUUAGGGGCACAUUUACUUAGGGUCGAAUAUCGAGGGUUAAUUAAUACUUAGGGGCACAUUUACUUAGGGUCGAAUAUCGAGGGUUAAUUAGCCCUAAAUAUUCGGCUGGUCUAAGUAAAAUCGAAGUUGAAGGAUUUACCGCUAUUCGUUAGUUCGAACGACUAAAUCCUUCUAAUCAAACGAUACGAAGGAUUUUAAUCUAUCGAUCAAACUAUUUUCCUUCGAACAGAAAUUUGUUAGAAAGCCUAUGGGGACCUUCCCCAUAGGCUAACAUUGAUGUUCGGUAGGUUUUACUUGGCGAAGUAGGGGGUCAAAGUUUUUUUUAAAGAGACAGUACUUUGACUAUCGAAUGGUAGAAUAGUCAAAUGAUUUUUAGUUUGAGUCGUAGUCGAAGGUCGAAGUAGCCAAAAAAUUUUUUUGAAAUUCGAAGUAUUUUUUCUUCUAUUCAUUCACUCGAGCUAAGUAAAUGUGCCCCCUAGUGAGAGGGCUCACUUAGUAUUAUUUUGUGAUUUUUUUAUUGUAUUUUUUUUCUUUGUAAGAAAUUUAUUUUUCGUUGAUAGGUGUGCUAUCUAUUUUUUAAUUAUCAAAAGUUAGGUAUCACUCAGGGAUUAUAAUCACUUACCUGAUACCCUGGUGCUCCUAUUAGCAGAAAACUGUGGGGGGGGUUCUACGCGUACCACGGAGCAGUCCUCUUCCUGCUCUUCUUUCUUUAAAAAAAACCUGUUCUUUUCACUUUACUGUGCAUGUGUGAGCCACGUUGUAGCGAAGAAAGACAAGCGGAAAAGGAGGAGGAUCACUCCAUGGCGCUCACUGGGAUGGGAAGAGCCCCAGGCCAGUACAGUUUUCUGCUAACAGGAGCAACGACCCGGGGUAUCGGGUAAGUGAUUACAAUCACUGUAGGGAAGCCUAACUUUUGGCACCCGUCCCCCAAUGAUUUCACCUUUCCUUCUCCUUUAAUUCUGGAUUUUUUCAGGGACAAUAAAUUAGUUAGGUGUUACUUUACUGAAAAGUAAUAGUAAAAUGCCAAAAAGUGACAAAUUAGACACAAUGUAGUCUGUGCAGUAGCAAUGAGCAAUUUCAAAGUUCUCUCAGCCUGAGGGUAGAGGGGAAUUUAGGGGGUUUUGGCAACAGUUUUGCAGUUGGUAAGGCGCCAUCUUAUUCUGAUAAUUAUGGCUUGCACAGCUCUUUUUAACAUCAUUAACACCUUUUCAAUGAAAGCAUGCAGUAUAAUUUCACAUUUUUAUGGUGAGGACUAUAGUUAGGACUCCAGAUUCACAACUGUGCCAAAGAACUUUUUGGUUUAGGGUUAUUCUAUUGCAUAGAGAAGGUAUUUACUUUUAUAAGUGAACAUGCCUCGUACUCUAUUAGGAUUUCUGCCAUAUAUUUUGUUGGAUAUUGUCAUUUUUAAAAAGAAAGAUUCUAGAUUUUUAUCGAGUUUUUAUAUAGAGUUCAGUAAAGAUCUUUAUACAAAUCUUCAAAGGCAGAGAAACUGUCCACUGAGUUCUACAAACAUCUCUGGGAUAGUUGGAAGCCUGAUACUUGCUGAUGAGCUUUGUUCUAGACGACACAUGUCUGCCACCUGCUUGACUUCAACAAGCCCUCACUCUCUAUUCUGUGGUGUGGGGAGAAAACUAAUUCUGCCCUGAAAUCUAUUAAACACCAAUGAAAACA